UUUCUAUUUUCCACGUGAUUCUGGCCGGUGAGCCCCAGGGCUCAUUCCUCUGGCCUCCAUGCAGCCAUCUGUAUUUCCUUUCCUCUCUUUGCACCAGGUUCAGCGCCCCCUGGAUCGCCUCUUCUGCUCUGUUGUGACUGUUGCUGAGCAAAAGUACCAGUCCACCUUGUGGGACAAGUCUAAGAAAUUGGCGGAGCAGGCUGCGGCCAUUGUCUGUCUGCGGAGCCGGGGCCUCCCUGAGGGUCACCUGGGUGAGGAGAGCCCCUCCUGGCACAAGCGCAAGCGGGAGGCCACUGACCAAGACCCUGGGGGUCCCAGAGCUCAGGAGCAAGCGGUGCCUGGGGAGCUGUGCAAGAAGCUCUUUGUGGCCUUGGGAAGUGGUGAAGAGAGCCCCCGGGAAGGCUGGUGACCAUUGUCCCUACCUUGGUCAGCAGCUUCAGGAGCCUGGCCAUAAGAUGUCUGUGGGUGCCGAGCAUGAACCAGACGCCAUUGGACAAUUCUCUGACUGUUCCUGGCAGGAGUUAAGAGGUCCUGACCUGGGGCAUCAGCCUGGAGCACAGGCUAAAUGGUACCUAGGGUGCACAUCUCCCUUGGUGGGUCUGAGUAGCAAGGCCAAGUUCCCAGUGACCUCAUAUUUUCUUUGAAAACAGGAGCUUUUCAGGUGGCACCUUCUCAACCUGACAUUGGUACAGUGCAAUAAAGAUCCCCCCACCCUUACCCAUGGCUGGCUGCUUUAGCCUUGGGCAUCUUCACACA